AUGUUGCACCUGUAUCAUCUGCCGUCCGCAAGAAGGGUCGCCAUGUCCAAGAAGAAGCAGGAUCAAUGUUCUGCCGUGUGGAGAGUCGGCUCUCUCCUGCUGGGAGGAAGGAGAAGGGCAGGCUGCCCGUGUCUCUUGCUUGUGCUGGCACCGUGCUUCGCUUCUGCCGGACUUGCUCGAGCUACAACUUACGAUUAUCCUCCCCUAGUGUAUAAAGCGCAAGACAAAAUACCCUCCGCUGACGACAAAUUCUUCACAGACGCUGAGGAUACCACCCACUACUGGGGUGCUAAGAACCACCGACUAGUGAUGAGCUUCGUUCCGCUUCCAAGGGGCUAUAUGGGUUCGCGCUUCAAGCUAAGAGCGCUGAUUAGUAGUGGCUUUAAAGUGCGACAAGUCAAGCUGGAGCUCCCGCGAACCGAAUCCUCCUACUGGCCGUCGGAUACGGACAUCGAAGGGACAGGUCCUUUGAGUCGGCGUCGAAGGCUCGCUGGACGCGUUGAGCAACCUCUAGACAUAGUACGUGACUCUGACCAGUCAGAUUCUGCUGCGUCUUUUCGCGAGUCUUCCAAUCCGCGACGGGCGCGCCAUGAGCCUUUGACGCAUCCCCUAUGGUCAGCCUUCCCUUUGGAGCUUUCGACGCCUCCAAAAGUCGUCCGGCACCCUACGGGCACGCAUCGCGUAAAACACCCAGCGCACCCGCCUCUGCAUCCGCACCCAGAACGGCGCUUGGGCGCGUGUGAACCGCUGCCGCCGAAUACGGAAAACGUCGUGCGCCAGAUAUUUCAGAAGCAUGGUGUCUCCGCCGACGGCAUCCUCGAGGUCAAACGCGCCAAAAGUCGGCUGAAAACAGCCAAGCCAUUCUCUGAAGCCCUCACCGCUGCCGCCACCGAGGAUACAGACAUCUUUGACCAAGAACUCCAGCUUCCGCCUGAGUUGCUGCCUCCUUUCUCACCUGACUGCCCGCCUGAUACCGCAUGUGGUCUGGACUACUGUGCUCUCUUCAUCUGUGAAGGGCAUCGAAAACAACGAAGUAAGCACAUUAGAAAACGACUAACAGUGGCUCUAGGUGCACGCUUCCCAAGCGGCACGCUCAAGGAUGUGAAAAACCUUUUGUGGAUCCCGCCAAAAGAGGUUCAGCUGGUCGUCUAUGUCGACGUCCCCCCCUCGCCGACUUCCAUGCAAGAAGAUUGGUGA